GAGGGGCAGAGAGAGAGGGAGACACAGAAUCCGAAGCAGGCUCCAGGCUCCGAGCUGUUGGCACAGAACCUGAUGCGGGGCUCGAACUUAUGAACCCCGAGAUCAUGAUCUGAGCUGAAGUCCGAGGCUCAACCGACUGAGCCACCCAGGCGCCCCUUUAUUGUGUCCCUGUUUAAUGAAUGAUGUCAUGGUGGUUCAAAUUCAUCUCCUCUUCACAAGGAGGCAGUGGAAGAAAUGGAAGGAUUCCUUCUUAGUCUGGGUGAGUCAAUCCUGAUGUAGGCCUACCUCCAUCUAGGGUGUCAUCUGAGUGAGGGGAAUCCAUGCUACCUGCCUGCUGGAAGAUAUCGAACCUGCAUGCAUUUCUUUCAAAUUUGAGCAAAUAGGGAAACAAACCAAAUCAAGCCAAAGAAAAAUAUAAGCCCACUCCAAAUGGAAUCCAUAACAAGAAGCCACAAAACACAAUAAUACUCUAAAGAUGUAAAAAAAAAUACAAAUUUAGAAGAAGUUACUAUAGGAAUCAAAAGCAUGCUUUAGAAGACUCUGCUUUCCUUCUUUUUUCUCCAACUCUCUUUCUUUCUUCCUGUGACUCGCUUGCUUCUCUCCUCAGUCCUUCAGUAUUCCAGACUCUCUUCUCUUUCUUCCCCUCCACCUGCCCUCCCUCCUUCUGAAGCUUACUCUUCCUAUUUCCCCUUAUCCCUUUCGGUUUACGUAGUCCUUGCUAACGAGGACAUGGUGGGCAUCUUUAAAUCUUCCCCUUGUUCUCCAUCCCAUGUCACAGAGGGACUGUUGGGGACUGAAGUUCCAGGUCCUCUCAGUCCUGAGCCUCCCGGGGGAAAUCUCUUCCUGUAACUUCUUUGCAGCGUUUGACAUCAUGUCUUACAUCAGAGUCCCUUGGAUCCAUGUUCCCUUGUUGAGCCUUGUUAAAGAAGGCAAGAUGCACCAGGUGUGGGGCAGCAGUGACCCUGUGUAGAGUCUAAGGGUGCCUCAGAUUGAAUUUUCUGGAAACAGGUGCAGAGAUGGAGAGCCGCAUGCAGCGUUUACUGGGAAGUGCUCUCGGGAGUUACACCUGUGGGGAGGUGUGGAAGGGAGGGUUAGAUAGACAAGAUACUGUCACACCAUAUGGUUGCAAAUGAGACUCAGCUGAUUCUAAGGGGAACUCGGAAACUGAGAUAGCCUUUCAGAGUUGUCCCAAAUCAGGCAAGGGGGGCAGGCCUUUGGAUCCUUGAAUCAGUCAGUCAUUGGCCUUGGGGAGUCUACUGUGAAGGGCAAUUCUCAGUGAGCCAUCAGCAUUAAUAUUCCCAGCUGAGGGAUAGGAGCAGCUACAGAAAGGAGAGAAUCUGGGUGGGCGAUCUGGAGUCCUAUCUAGGGAUGUACAUAACAUAGGUGUUUUAGAACCAUCCACCCGAUACACUCCUUCAUUCAUUAUCACAGUGAUGAAUGAGACAGAGGGUCAGAUACGGAUUCGGUCUUCAUACAAGGUACAAAGUGAUAAUGACCCAAAAAAUAAAGGAUCAAGAAAAAGAUUAAGAAGGGAGAUACCAACCUCAGAGGAGGAUCUGGGUCUCUCUGGGGGAAGUAGCUUUGAACUGGCCCUGAGAGAAACACUAGAUUUGAUAGGUAGAUGUGAGGUGUAGGGAAGCUAAAAUGUAGACAGAAGGAGUCAUUUUGAAGUAAAGUUCAUCCUUGGACAACAUGGUGAUUAAUGGUGCUUAUCCCCUGCCCAGUCAAAAGUUCACAUACAACUUUUGACUCCCCCAGAACUUAACUGCUAAUAGAUUACUAUUGACCAGAAGUAUUACUGAUAACGUUGUCAAUUAACACAUAUUUUGUAUAUUAUAGGCAUUAUAUGCUGUAUUCUUACAAUAAAGUAAACUAGGGAAGAGAAAAUGUUUUAAGAAAAUCACAAGAGAAGAUACAUUUAUAGUAUUUACAUUUAUAAAAACUUUUUUUUGCAUGUAAGUGGACCCAUGCAGUUGAAACCUGUGUUGUUCAGGGGUCACCUAUACUUUAAAGUCUGUGCAGGUCUUCAAGCCCCAGAUUAUUUUGAAUAAAGAAGUGCUGAUUUCUCAAAGUAAGCAUCUUUAAAGACUUGUGAUAAAGCAUAGAAUGGAGUGGAAAGAAAACCCAAGAGGCCUUUCCCUGGAGAUGUUUUGCAUGAAUUAAAACCUCGAAGAUGGCAGGAAGCUACAGGUAUGGAGGUGUUCCCUGGAGACCCCAUAACUUUAGCAUCCUAUAUUUAAUGGAAGUUUAGUCACAAAGCCAUUUCUGAGGCUGGUGCCUUGAGAUGAGGUUGAGAACUUUAAGGAUUGUAAUAGCUGCUGCCUUCAGGGAUCUGAAGGGUGCCAUGGAGUGGGGUGGGGUGGGGUCUAGCACUUAGUUAAUAUGGAUCCAGAAGGCAAAUCUGAGAUUACUAUAUGCAUGAAACAGGAAAGAGAUGGCUUACCUCAUUGAAAGGAAAAGUUUAAUGAAAGACAUUGCUUUGUCAAAACCAAGUAGGUUAGGAAGUAAUAAGUUGACUACAGAAGAUAUUUCAGCAGAAGCUGUAAAUGCAGACAAGGUUAGAGAGAAGAUUCUUUCUUUGGGAUUCACAGUUGAUCUAGAUGAUCUUUAAAGCCCAUUUCAAGUCAGAGAUGAUAUAACAAUGACUAACAUUUAUUCAGCAUUUACUAUUACAUGUCAUAGUGCUUAGGAGAGCAGGAAUUGCCAUCAGACUACCCAGGUUCAAAUCCCUCCCAUACCACCUGCUGCCCAAGUGACCCAGGGCAAAUUGUUGAACCAUUUCAAGGUUUAUUUGACUCACCCAUAAAAAGCAGAAAAACAAAAGCCUACUUUAUAGAUUUGAUGUGAGGAUAAAAUGUAAACCUUUAACAGGGUGCCUGCUUGGCCUAUAGUAAGCACUCAAUAAAUGCUAGCCAUCCUUAUAAAUGCUGUUGUACAGAAAUGUGGGCUGCUAUAGAGAACAUAGGAACUCCCUGCCUCGGCCCCAGUAUAAGGGAGUAAGCAUACCAGGCUGAGUAAAGUGGUGCUCUAUGAAGACAGGAUUCAGGCAUUUCAGGGGGAAGAGACAUCAAGGACAAAGGAAGAGGUGGGAUUCCAGAACCUGUUCUGGGAGUAGAGAGGCAUCGGUCAGGUGGGUUGAGAAAGGGUAAGGUAGUGGAAGCUCUGCUUGGUGAAUUAGAUUGAGACCCAGUCAUGGGGGAGCUUGAGAACCACACUAAGCAAUUAACUCAGGGGGGUUAAAGUGGCCUUAAAGUAUGAAAACGGGUUGCUUUCCACAUUUAUGCAUCCUUCUUUUGUAGACCCUGCUGAGUCUAGUUGGAGUCAGAAAAAACUUGGAACACUCAUUGCCAGGCAAAGAUAUAACCUACAGCUGUCUGGAUUAGAGGGUGGUUAUUUUAUAAUUUUGGUCAUUUAACAAUUUGAGAAGGAUUCUAGACAGCCCACCACCCUUAUUUGUUCAUAAAAUCUUUAGUAAGGAAAAAUUAUGGGCAUGGUAUCAUGUCCUCAUUGGGAAAAAAGAGAGUUGUUCCUUGCAUGUUUCCGAGGCUCUAGGGGGGUUUUGGAGAGGGAAAGCCUGUCUUUACCAGAGCUACAGGUAGGUUAUUAAUUUGGGGCCCACAAAUUAUUAGGGCAAGGACGAAACUUACAGACACGUGCUACAAUUCUACCAAUUUUCUGGACAGAGAAAUGGAAGACCAGAGAGGCCAAGUCACAUAGCAAGUCAGUGACAUAAUGGCAGACCUACCAUUUCUCUUUCUCGUUCCCAUUCUUUCUGCACAGUUCUCGCUAACACUAUUUCUCUCCUGUAGUUUCUGAGAGUUUCUAUAUGUAGAUAUGUACUGAGUAUCAUAUUUACAACUAAGAUGUGGAUGUAUGUGCAGAGGUGUGUUGUACCACAUCAUACCAGAUGUUGGUUGCUUCCAGAAGCAGGGGUCCCAGAUGUCUGAAAUGCAAUUCAGUCAAACGAUGGCGAAGAGUCUACAGGAAAUAGCAAAAGUUUUGCAUAAAAUGAAAAGGCUGUGGACACCAAAGUCCUAAGGCUAGCCAGGCGUGGGUGGCUGCACUGUAAAAGGAAGCAUGAGUCGCUAUGACCCAUGAGUUCCCUCUGGUGCAGACUUGGCCAGUCUGGGCUGGAGUGUUCAUGCCCUUGCGCCUUCUGCACCUGUUCCCCAUGGGCACUCAGAUAUGGGGCUUCGGGCCCCUUGACCUUCUACCUGGUGUGAAAUCCAUCUCUCUUCUGGUGGGGCUUGUCAGACACCCUGAGCAGGGGUUUUGCUCCUGGAAACUGAGAAAUGCAGAGUAGAAAUGCAGCUUCUGGUACUGGUGCCCCAGACAGCCUGCAGGCUGACCUUCAGUGAGGUCAUUUGCUAAAGAGUAAGUUGGAAUACCAUAGGCUUAUUUAUCUUGAUAGAAGUACUAUUUUAUUGGAGAAAACAUCCUGCUAUACAGAAGGAGGUAUUACAUUGGCCUCUGCAUAGCAAGCUCAAGUUCUAAAUUAAACUUAAUUUGUGCCAAUGGGGAUUGCAUCAGCUGGUUACAUACACACUUGGGUGCGUGUGUGUGUGCGCAUGCACACACACACACACACACAUACACACACAAAAUUCUGGUGAUUCUUACCUUCUAUGUUCUUGUUUUUCAUCAUAAUGUUUACUAUAGCAACAACUGCAAAAUGCUUCUAGCGAAUUCAUUCCUGGUGUUGGGUGAUAUGCUUUGACUCCAGGGCGAGGUUUACAAGCUUCCCUCAACCUCACAUAUUUUCUGGGAAUGUCCUCAGCCUCUGUUCUCACCUUGGCUUAUGGCUACAACCUGAGACAGCUCCCAACACACCUCUGAGGCUGGUUAAGUCAGUUCACUUCUCUGGGCAUUGAUUGCCUUAAUUCAGAGACAAGAAUACUGACUUGAAGGAUAAAAAGUUUAAUAAAAAGAAAUCCUUUCCCGUGUUAAGGUUCAGUGGCUACGAUUUAAAUUCUGCCUUUCUUACCGUGUCCAGUAUAAAACUGGUAGAGUGACACCUCCCCAGAGCUCUUCAGUUAUGUAGUGGCCCCUGAGGAGACAGACCCUGAGUCAGGCAUUACCCACAAUGCCUCAUUAAGAGCUUCCUUCCUCCAUCCAGUGGCCUCUAUCUUCCCUCCUGUACUUGAAGGAUUCCAAUUUAUAAGUAUAAAGCUCUUUGAAACUGUACAUGGUAUCAUCACAGGGGACCUUAGUGUUGCCAUAUACUUUAAUUCCCCAUUGAACAAAUGGACAAACAGAGGCCAAGAGACGUGACGUGUCCGAGGAACCAAAGCCAGCCAGUUGCAGAACUGGGAUAUACAUUUAUAUCUCCUAACUUCGGGUUCAGUGCUCUUUCCACUGCACCUGGGUGCCUGUCAUCAAUUGGUUACAGGCUUCACAGGAAUGGUAUUCACACAGAUGGCUUUAUGCACUAGAUCUUCUUUGGUAAGAUUUCAAGACGAAUUUCUAUUUCAGCUCUAAAAUAUUUACAUUGGGCAUCAGGGGGUCCAUGGACCCCUACAGCAGUAACAGGGAGACUGACGGGUCAAAUACGCCUCACCCCUCUUCCCCAGAGUUGUGGCCUCGGUAGGUUCUAGUGAACCACUUGCUGGAAAGACAUGAACUUCAAUCCUCAGAGUCUGGAAUGGCCAUAUUGAGUGAUGAGAAGGUAGAAAGACGUUUAUUUUGUGAAUAUUUUGUUCUAGAUCCCAUGCUGGACAAAGCUGAUCAAAGCUGGGACUUUGGGGACAGUCAUAUAGGAUCCCAUCCCGGUUCCAUUAAUGAUUAGCUGUUGAAUUUUGGGCUUCUCUGCUUUAGCUUCCACAUUUGCAAAAUGGAUCUGCUGCUGCUGUUACCUACCUAUGGAGGUUGUUAUUAGGAUGAAAUAAAUUAAUAUGUAUAAAGCACUUAGGAUAAUGUCUGAUACCUAGUAAGUGUUAUAUAGUGAUUGCUGUUUCUAUGCAAAUUAAAAAAUAUGUUCACAUGAAAACACAUGUUUUGCCAGAACAAAAUGACACACAUUAAAUAUAUUAGAAUAGCUACCUAUGAGAGAGAAUUUUUACCUAUAUAAGAGAAUUGCAAAUCAGACAAACAAGAACAACCAAAGCAAGUGAUUGCAGAGCCCUUGCUUUUCAUCUCUACAGAUAUUGCUUCCUUGUUAUCCCAUUGUCAAGGUGAAUAAACUGAGGCUAAGAUAAAAUAUGUCCAGGCAUCAAGCAUUCAUGCAGGGGCAGGAGGAGCACUUGGAAGGUGGUCUCCUGUACCAGAUGGGAAUUUUAGGCCUUUCUUUUUCAUCUGCAAACUUCGGGAUCUGCAGGCUGCCCAUAAGUCAUACUGUUUGAAGAACCUGUUCAGAUUCUGAGCUUCUGCAGAGAGUAGAGUCAAGAGAUGUGUUUUCCAGCUGCAGGAGGCACUGUCUGUGAGAUCUAGAAUGCAGGACCAUGAACUUCAUCAAUAAGUUGUAUACAAAUAAGUAGCAAAAAUGAAAUUAUAAAAGAUUAGAAAAAAAAACACUUUAGUACCCCCAAAUAGAGGAGUAGCUAAAUAAAUUAUGCUCCACUAGAUCAUAGAAUAUAGGCAGACCACAAGAUGGAAUAAUAUUAAUUACUUAGAAAAAUAUUCACUAUAUAUCGUCAUUUAAAACAUAGAUCACAGUGGGGCAUGUAGAAUGUGUAUGUGUGUAUAUGUAUACAGACACACAUACACACACACACAUGCACAGAUAAGUGGCAGUCAGGAUGCAUAUAUCGUAAUAUUAACAGUGAUUAUUUUGAACACGAGUUUUAGCAAGAGUUUUACUUUUGCUUUUAUCUAUAUUUUCCAACUUUUCUAAAUAAAACUGGGACUUUUAUAAAGGAAAAUAGUUUAUUAAAAAAUAUCAGGAGAGGCACCAGGAAUAAAGGCUGUUUUCCCCCACGUAUAUUGCUCUCGUCUUCUAUCGUCAGGUUGAAAAUCAUCUUUUCUCCUCCUACCAGGCUGAUGCAAUGGUACCCACCUUUGUGCAAAGGUAGUUGCUCUUGUACAAGGCUGUCCAAGUACAGAUCCGUUGCGUUCUGGCUAUUGGGUACAUACACAGUUAACACCUGGCAUAGAGCCUGGUACAGGGGUAUGUUUGAAAUGAAUGACUUAAAUGAAUGAGUAUGGGCUCAAUAACUGGGAUUUGAAUAUGAGCUCUCUGCCAUUUAUAAGCUAGAUGAGUCCCGCCUCCUGAUCUGUAGAGUGACAAUAACGAUUGUGGGUCAAAGGACUGCCAAUAGUUUUGGUAAAUGGCCCAAUGCCAGUCACAAAUGGGUGGGAGUGCAGAGAGCUUAUUAUUAUUGCUGCAUCUAUUAACAGGUCCACAGCGUCCCAUCCCUAAGGUCUCUUUGGCUCCCUAAGGCAUCAUGGUUACCAUAGCAGCCAGAUGCUGAUGAUGCCUCCAGGGGCAGCGAGGUGAGGCUGAGCCAGCUCCCGGGUCUUCGGGUCUUCGCCUCUGCAUGCCCUUCACAGGCCAGAGUGAGAUGGCCUGAAGCUCAGCCUCCUUUCAGGCCCCCCACCUGCCUCAGGUCACUUAGACCCACAAACCCUGCCUUCGCAGCCUCAGUUCGGGGGCCUUCCAACACCCCUUUGGAGAGUCCCUCCUCCCCAAGCUCUGUCUCUUGGCGCCCUGCCUGGUUGCUGUGGAAACAGGUUCCACUGCGGACAAAGGAGGGAGCUGGGUCCUGCUUCCUCCCGGUCCUGUCGAUGAGGAUUUUUAGACCGUGGAAACUACGCUGCCCUGCCCUACACCUGCCCUCGCUCCCCGUGUUCUCGCUCAGGUGGAGCCUGCCCUCCUUUGCCACUGACGAGACCAUGUGUAAAAGCGUGACUACAGGUGAAUGGAAGAAAGUCUUCUAUGAGAAGAUGGAGGAGGCCAAGCCGGCCGACAGCUGGGACCUCAUCAUAGAUCCCAACCUCAAGCACAACAUGCUGGCCCCUGGCUGGAAGCAGUACCUGGAAUUGCAUGCCUCGGGCAGGUUCCACUGCUCCUGGUGCUGGCACACCUGGCAGUCGCCACACGUGGUCAUCCUCUUCCACAUGUACCUGGACCGCGAGCAGCGGGCGGGCUCGGUGCGCAUGCGCGUCUUCAAGCAGCUGUGCUACGAGUGCGGCACGGCGCGGCUGGACGAGUCGAGCAUGCUGGAGGAGAACAUCGAGAGCCUGGUGGACAACCUCAUCACCAGCCUGCGCGAGCAGUGCUACGGGGAGCCCGGUGGCCAGUACCGCAUCCACGUGGCCAGCCGCCAGGACACCCGGCGGCACCGCGGCGAGUUCUGCGAGGCCUGCCAGGAGGGCAUCGUGCACUGGAAGCCCAGCGAGAAGCUGCUGGAGGAGGAGGCCACCACCUACACCUUCUCGCGGGCGCCCAGCCCCACCAAGCCACAGGCGGAGGCGGGUUCUGGCUGCAACUUCUGCUCGAUACCCUGGUGCUUGUUUUGGGCCACGGUCCUGCUGCUGAUCAUCUACCUGCAGUUCUCCUUCCGCAGCUCUGUCUAAGAUUCCCUUAGUGGGCGCAGGGGAACUCUUCGCGGCCCAAGGCCCGUGGGGGCCAGCCAGCUGGAGGGAGGGGGCAAAGAGAGACCUGGGGUGGGAGUGGGUUAAAUUCUAGUGCUGGUGCCGCCGCGGACUCCAUGGGGACCCUGGGCAAAUCACACGUCUUUACCAUCCAUAAAAUCAAGGGUUUCUGAAGUGAAACCCAGGACCCCCAAGUUCUGCAUGGCUGUUGCUCAGGGACUUUUGGAUUUGGAAGGUAGGCUGGGGGAGUAGGGUUCCCAUCCUGGUCACACUGUCCAUUCCUGGCUCCUACUUCCUCAUCUCACCUUGAUCAGAACAUCUUGGAGUGGCAUUUAAGAGUUGUGGAUGCAAAUGGGUUCAACUGCUUCAAAAGAAAAAAAAAAAAAAAAGCUUGACCAUCACCGGGCUUGGUAAUCUCAAAAGGCCUUUCCACAGUGAUGAGCUCAUUCUUGUGCUCUCUUGUCAACCCCCAGACCCUAUGGAGAAGCCUCCUCCACAACUCUGCCUCCCUGCACACAGCAGAACUUUCUCUUGAAGAGAAGAGGUGGAAGCAUUAGGCUGUCCCUUUGCUGCUGGAUGCACAGGGUUCCUUGGUUCUGUUCCCCAGACCCCCAGCUUCCAGCAGCCUCUCUCCACUCAGGAUGGAUUCUGAGGCCUGCCUGUCUCAGAGAUGGUGGUUGGGGUAGAGUUCCGUAGACAAGGCUUCCCACCCAUGGCUUAUGAACUGACAGAGAAUUUAGGGGAGGUUCGGAAGGUAGAGUGUUAGACACAAGGCACAAAAUCCCUAGGAAACAAAUAUAUGACGCUCUGUUAUAAUGAAGAGUAUGUAGAGUUCAGGGACCCAGCCUCACCGAUUCUUCAGCAGUUCUGAUGGUCAUGACACCAGUGUAGGGGUCUGGCCUCCUGGGCGCCUUGCUGAUAUGCUAGUUGAGAGGCUUCCCUACUUUGGCCAUGCAUAGGCCCUCUCACCAACCAUUAGCUGUCCACCUAGAACCACAGGGAUGGGGUGUCAUUAGCAAGAGAGGGAACAUUAAAGACAUGAAGUGCUUUACCCAUAGAGAAGUCCAUAGAUAUGUGAGAGAACCUUAUAUCACUUUAAACUGGGUUGCGUAUGGUUUGGGGUGGGAGGAGAGACUUUCUGAGGGUACGGGUAUGGAUGGGGCUUGGGGGGAGGCAGAAGGCAGGAGAUGGGAUGCCGCCCUGCACUUUCGAGGGUCCUCAUUCACCUCGCCUCUGUUAACAACUUGAUUCUUCCUGUGUCCCCUACCGAUCCCCUUUUUAAUAGAAAGUCACCACCAUCUGUAGCGGUGGAGGGAGUAGGGCCACUUAUAUAAAGAUGGGAUACUUGAAUAAAGACUGUAUAUCUUCAAUCAGGCUUAGUAGUCAUGAAUGUGUGCUUGAGACUCACUACAACGUCCCUGAUAUGUGGUCCCUGAUAUGUUAGACGCCCCCUGUCUCCUUCUUUCCCCUUUCUUGGGCUCCCAUAUAAGGCUAAUCUAGCUCCAGCUUCAAGGUCUGCGCUGAUCAUGAAGGUCAGGAAGAAUGCAGGCAGUGCUCAGUCAGUCAUCCAGGGGACUCAGCCUAAGGCCGGUCGUACCCUUGCCCUUGCUGCAAUUCUAGCACCUGGCUGCCGAGGUCCUUUGCUUUAUUCACACAGUGCUCAUCCCUUUAUCCAGGCCAAGUACCCCAAACACCCUCUGUCUGACAAGCCCUGAUUUGGGUGCUGGGAUCCAGUGGGCACUGAGACAGGCCUUGUCUCCCAGAGAGCCCUGCUUAUUAUUGAGGAAAUUCCUGGCCCUGGCUGUGCUUUCGAAAUCCUGGGGAGCUUUUUAAGGAAAUGUCUAUUCCCGGCCUCCACUUCAGUGCAACAGAAUCAAAAUUUCUGGGCAUGAGGCCUGAGCAUCUGAAUUGGAAUAAGACUCCCAGGUGGUCCACCUGCACUGCCUGGUAUAAGGCCUUCUCGCUGAGGAACAGACUUCCUUUUGCACCGAGUCUUAUCAUGAUGAGCCCUGAGGUCUUCCUUGAUGGCCCCGCCUUGGAUUCUCUAGGACUAGGACUCAGCUUCCCUCUUACCCCCCUACAUUCUGUCCUGGGAACUUGACUUUCCCUCAAAACUCCUGGUUCCUGCCUGUCCUCUGCUAUGAUGGCUUUGUCCUGCUCUGAGAGUCUCCAUCAUUGAGCUCGACCACUGUUGCCAGAUGCUUAUCAAAUUUUGUUACAAGUACUUGCUUAUGGCUGUAUUCCUUCCUGGAAUGUGACCACAGUGUGGAAGUGGCUUACCUCAAGUUCCCUUGGCAGCUAGUGGCAGAGCAAGAAGUCCAACCCUCACCUAGUUUUAGUUCAGGCCUCUUUUUUAAAGCAUUAGGCCUCUUCCUCCUCUGUAGUAAGAUGUCUGCAACCCUCGGAGGCUUCCACUGUUUCCUUUAUUGUUGUUGCU